AUGAGUCAGGAGCUCGAGUCACAUGCCUACCACGGCCUGUACUGGAACACACUGUACCAUUCUAUCGUAAACAGGAUUCGUCGCUGGCAUCCGGAACUCGAGAAGCUGCCUACCAAACCCUGGCUGGAACGCUCGCAACGGAAGGAGAUUGAAGACAAGGAAUAUGUCGGACUCCUAACGAAGAAGCUGACAGAGUUGCACUUGGAAGAAGAAGAGGAUCACAUGAAAGACAGCGAGGAAGAGGAUGAGGACCACGUGGAAGAAGAAGAUGAGGAUCACGUGGAAAAAGAAGAUGAUGAUCACGCGGAGGAGGACGUGGAAGAAGAAGAUGAGGAUCACGUGGAAGAAGAUGACGAGGACGUGGAAGACAGCGAGGAAGAGCAGGAUGAUUGGCUUCUGCCUCCGAUGCCCGUGAACUCCGAUUACUACUCGUGCCACGCAUCAUUUCCACCUCGACAGCCAAGGAAAGCAGCCUGA